ACCGACGGAGGACGACAACAUGGCGGCCUCCUUGCGUCUGGGUCGUCAAGGGAUUUUAUUUGGCUUUAGAUUAUCUUCUUUUGAGAGAUGUUCAUGGACCAGGCAUCCGUGGCAGGAGAACGUCAGGCACUUCUUCCGGUCACCGUGGAUCCUCGGUGUCAGCCCAGUCAAAGUGCAAAUGCCUGCACUCUCACCCACCAUGGAGGAGGGAAGCAUAGUUAAAUGGCUGAAGAAGGAAGGCGAUGCUGUGGCAGCCGGUGAUGUCCUCUGUGAGAUUGAGACCGACAAGGCUGUUGUUUCCUUGGAAUCUAAUGAUGAUGGUAUCAUGGCAAAGAUAUUGAUGGAGGAGGGAAGUCGCAAUGUGCGCCUGGGCACUCUCAUUGCCCUCAUGGUGGAGGAAGGGCAGGACUGGAAGCAAGUUGAUAUCCCCCCUCCAGAUGCUGCAGCUCCACCUGCUUCAGAUGCAGCCGCUGCCCCUCCUGCCCCCCCUGCUGCUACUUUUCAAGCCCUUUCACCAAAACCAGCCAUGUCAGGACCGUUACGUAUGAGUCCAGCUGCAAGAAAUAUCCUGGACACCCAUGGUGUAGACCCAAAAUUGGCCACACCCACUGGACCAAGAGGACUUAUCACCAAGGAAGAUGCAUUGAAUCUCUUGAAGACAUCUCCUGUCCCUAAAGCAACCCCUGCCAUGGCUGCCCCGGCUGCACCCAGUCCAGUCCCAACCCCGGCAGCUCCACCUCCACCCCCAGGAAGCAGACCCAACAUACCUCCUCAAUCUGUUCCAGGGAAACCAGGAGCACCGGGCACUUUCACAGAGAUCCCAGCCUCUAAUAUUCGUCGGGUGAUUGCUCAAAGACUGACGCAGUCGAAGACCACCAUCCCCCAUGCGUAUGCCUCAGUUGACUGUGACAUGGCUGCCGUCAUGCUCCUCCGCAAAGACUUGGCCAAAGAACAGAUCAAAGUGUCAGUUAAUGAUUUCAUUAUCAAAGCAGCUGCUGUUACACUAAAAGAGAUGCCAGAAGUGAACGUGACCUGGUCAGGCGAUGAACCCCGUGCACUCGACUCAGUCCACAUUUCAAUCGCAGUUGCGACUGACAAAGGUCUCAUUACCCCCAUCAUCAAGGAUGCUGCUGACAAAGGAGUCCAGGAGAUCUCAGCUAAUGUUAAGGCACUUGCCCAGAAGGCUCGAGAUGGGAAACUUCUACCAGAGGAGUACCAGGGAGGCUCAUUCAGUAUAUCUAACCUGGGGAUGUUCGGUAUCAGUGGCUUCAGCGCCGUGAUUAACCCUCCUCAGGCUUGUAUCCUGGCCAUCGGAACCUCCAGAUCCGAGCUGCGACUGUGCGAGGAUAACCAGACCCUGCGCACACAGCAGCUGAUGACCGUUACACUGUCCAGUGACGGACGACUAGUGGAUGACGAAUUAGCCUCACGGUUUCUAGAUAAAUUCCGCGGCAACCUAGAAAAACCGCAACGCAUGGCCCUUGCCUAAAAAACAAAGUAAGAUAGAUGUAUGAAAGGGACUGGAAGGACAAAGCAAGAAACAACUACAUGACGAAGCCUGUCUCGUGUUUUCACAAACAGAGAGCUCUUAAAAACCUAAUUCCCGUUCAUGCUUCAAUUAAGGCUUACAAAAGUAGGCUUGUGCAUUGUAUAAACUUGCUUUUGAUGGAUAAUCACCAGGUUUUGUGAUGGAGCAGUUAAACUGGGCUUCUGCUAGAGAGGUAGAGGAUUGUAGCAGUGGUGCCAAAUAUAAGACAGAAGUUGUAUAGCGGGGUGCAUCCCACAUAAUGUUAUAGGGGUGGUUGUUCUAUCACACCAGUGUAAUGUGUAUAUAUAUAUAUAUGAAGUGAUUAGUCCACUUUAAGUUAACAUUUUCGGUCCCAGUGCAUCUACUCUGUCACUAUUAAUACAUGUGCAACUUGUACUGUAAAAAAGAUAUAUUUAUCACUGAACAUCAGUGGCACUGCAGUUUCCAAUAAGGGUAAACCACAUAAACCAUUUCCUGUUGUUUCCAAAUUAAAACAGAGUUCAAGAACUUAACUGUUCAUGUUUAUACUUUUUAACUUAUUUAAACAUAUCCUGUGACAUCCCUGAAAGCUAAUCUCCCAAGUCCAUGUGUAUACAAAAUAAUAAAAAAUCAUUUAGGUUUUGGUUUCCUUAAAUGCCAAUAAAACACAUUUU